AUGGGGGAUGUGGGGAUGGGGGAUGUGAGCAUGGGGACGUGGUGGUGGCACACAGGGGAUGUGUCCAAGGCACAUGGCACUGGUGGGGUAGUGGCACGGGGGAUGUGGUGGUGGCACAGAGAAUGUGACUGUAGGGAUGUGGCGCUGGUGGGGUGGUGGCAUGGGGGAUGUGGGUGACAUGGGGGACGCACUGCCCCUACCCAAACCCAUCCGUGGUGAUGCUGCCCCUUGGGGAUGUGCCACCCCCAUCUCCCCAUCCCUGCAGCGCUUCCAGGAGGUGGAAGAAGCCCACCUGCGCCACAUGAAGGGCCUCAUCGGCUCCUACUCGCACUCGGUGGAGGACACCCACGUGCAGAUCGGGCAGGUGCACGAGGAGUUCAAGCAGAACGUGGAGAACAUCGGCACCGAAACGCUGCUGCGGAGGUUUGCAGAGAGCAAAGGGACGGGGAGGGAGCGCCCAGGCGCGCUGGAUUUUGAGGAGUACCGCCUGGCCCCAGCGCAGGAAGGGCCCAAGAGGAGCCGCAGCAAAGCCUUCCGCAUCCCCGGGCUGAGCCGUAAGGAGAGAGAGCGUGCUGCUGGGGAGUCCCCGGACACCGAUGUGGCUUGCCCCGAGGUGGAUGAGGACGGGUUCAGCGUGCGCCCAGACAUCGCUCACACGGAGGCGGAGCGCCACAGCUGCUCCUCCAGCGACUCCGACUACGACGAGGAUGAGCCCCGCAGGUUCCACGUGCACAUCAAACCCGUACAGCCCCGCGAGGGGGGGGCAGCGCGGGCCACCGUGGAGCAGCUGAGGGCCACCGUGGGAACCUUCAUCCUGCCGCCCGGCGUGGGGGGCACCGUCAGACGGCAGUCGUCGCGGCACACAGCGGCUCUGUCCGCAGCCCCGAGCGCCGCCGACCCCGGGGGGCCUCAGGUGCCAGGUGACAGCAUGGGGAGGGGACACGCGGUGACACAGGCAAGCAGCUGUCCUGGGAAAGCCCCGGUGGAUGCGGUGCCCCCCAUGGAGCUUCUGUACCUGCAGUCGCGCUCGCUCAGCCCCCCGCCCUCCUGGAGCUGCCCCUCGCAUUCAGCCCCCGCCAGCCUGGGGGAGCGCGGCUUUUUCUCCGUGUGCCCACCGCCCCUCGGGCUGUCGCGGGGUCCCAGCCCCGUGGUGCUGGGCUCGCAGGACGCGCUGCCCGUGGCCACCGCCUUCACCGAGUACGUGCAUGCCUACUUCAAGGGGUGUGAUGCCGACAGCUGCUUGGUGAAGGUGACGGGGGAGCUCACCAUGUCCUUCCCCGCCGGCAUCGUGCGCGUCUUCAGCGGCAGCUUGGCCCCCCCCGUGCUCAGCUUCCGUCUGCUCAACGCCGGUGCCAUCGAGCAAUUCCUGCCCAACGCCGAGCUGCUCUACAGUGACCCUUCCCAGAGUGACCCCAGCACCAGGGACUUCUGGCUGAACAUGGCUGCGCUGACGGGGCAGCUGCAGAAACAAGCAGAGCAGAGCCCAUCCGCCUCCUACUACAACGUGGCUCUGCUCAAGUACCAGUUUUCCCGGCUGGGUCCCAGCUCAGCCCCGCUGCGGCUGUGUGUGCGCUGGGACUGCACACCCGGAGCCACUCGGGUCAGUGUGGAGUAUGGAUACAACGCGGGUGCACUCGCCCUGCCUGUGCCCCUCGCCAACGUCCACGUGCUGCUGCCCCUGGACGAACCCGUCACCAACGUGCGGCUGCAGCCCAAGGCCAGCUGGAACCUGGAGGAGAAGAGGUUGCUCUGGAAGCUGCUGGAUGUCCCCAGUGCGCCGGGGCAGGGAGGCUGCGGGCGGCUCUCAGCCAGCUGGCAGCCGCUGUGUGGGCCCAGCAAGCCCAGCCCAGUGGCAGCACAGUUCAGCAGUGAGGGCAGCACGCUGUCGGGCGUCGAGGUGGAGCUGGCAGGCGCUGGGUACCGCAUGUCACUGGUCAAGAAGAGGUUUGCCACGGGGAUCUACCUGGCAGGGUCCUGAGCUGCUUCUACUCGGACCCCCAGACCUCCCCUUGGUUGUGUGAGCUCAAAGCACUGGAUGGAGCCUGGUUGGAGGGGGUGCCUUCCUCCUCCUCCUCCUCACUCCUCUUCCUCCCCCCCACUCCCCUUCCUCCCCAUAGCCAUAACUGCGUCAUCUCCUGCUGUAAGGGAUGGACCCCCCCCCCCAUC